AUGGAGUCAAAAAAUGAUAAUCUGAGAGGAAUACCAUUGCGACGGUUUGGGCGACGUGCUGCCUGCCUCUUUGUCAUUUGGGGUAUUUUUCUAAAUGCAGCGGUUGCACAAAUACGCUACUCAGUCCCCGAGGAGAUGAAGAAAGGCUCGCUCAUCGGGAAUGUGGCACAAGAUCUCGGUUUGGAUCUUAAAAGACUACGGUCUGGGCGGGCCCGCAUUGUGACUGGGGAAAACGUCGAGUACACUGAGCUGAAGGCGGACAAAGGGCUGUUGGUUGUCCAAGAGAGGAUAGAUAGAGAACAGCUUUGUGGAGACGUGACGCCAUGCAGCUUCACCUUUGAGAUUUUAUUGGAAAACCCCAUGGAACUGCACCCCGUGACGAUCGAAGUUUUGGACGUCAAUGACAAUGCCCCCACCUUUAAAAAUAGCCAUUUGCAAUUUGAAAUAAGUGAGUCUGCUGCGCUUGGCUCCCGUUUUGUUUUGGAGAAUGCACACGAUGCUGACGUGGAUGCAAAUGGUCUGCAGGGCUACAUUUUAACACCGAGUGAUAAUUUUAUUUUGAAACAACACGCGAGUCUAGGAGGGAAAAAACAAGCUGAAAUGGUGCUUCAGAAAGCCUUAGACAGAGAGGAACAGCCGCGGCUCGCUUUAAAAUUAGUGGCUGUGGAUGGCGGCAAUCCAACGAGAUCAGGUACAGUAAAUAUAGAUAUUAUUAUCUUAGAUGCAAAUGAUAAUGCUCCUAUCUUUAAUCAAACAAUUUAUAAAGCCAAAUUAUUUGAAAAUGCACCAAAAGACACCCACAUUCUAUCUGUAAAUGCCACUGACACAGACAGCGGCUCGAAUGGAAAAAUAACAUACUCAUUUUCAAAAUCUAAUGCAGAAAUUGCAGAUUUGUUUCAUAUAGACGAGGUUACAGGUGAAAUAUAUGUAAUAAAACAAGUAGAUUACGAAAAAGACAAAACAAUAGAGUUCAUGGUUGAAGCUAAAGAUCAAGGUGGACUUACUGAGUCCACCAAAGUGGAAAUAGAAGUGAUGGACUUAAAUGAUAAUGUCCCAGUCAUUAACGUUAUGUCUUUCACGAGUCCUGUGUCAGAAGACUCCCCCGCUGGUACCACUAUUGGUAUCAUUAAUGUAAAAGACUUAGAUUCUGGUGAAAAUGGUCACGUGAGGUGCGGGAUCGAAGGCCGCGUUCCAUUUAAAAUUAAAUCAAAUGUGAGAAAUUAUUUUGCAUUGACGACUGAUUCUGACUUUGAUCGUGAAAGUGCGUCAGAAUAUAACAUAACGAUUGUUGCCUCCGACAGUGGCUCACCUUCCCUCUCCACUAAAAAGACUUUUCAUUUAAAAGUUGCAGACGUAAAUGACAAUGCUCCCAUCUUUUCGGUCAGCUUGUAUCGUGCAAGUAUCGCAGAAAAUAACUCUCCGGGUUGUCCGGUACUAGUAGUAAGUGCCAAAGACCCGGAUGAAAACCAAAACGCUCGUGUCUCAUAUAUGUUGGAACAUAGUGAAAUUGGAGGAAGUCCAGUUGCUGAAUUUGUAUCUGUUAAUGCUGAAAGUGGAGUUAUUAGUGCAGUACGAUCAUUUGAUUAUGAGCAAAUCAAAGAAGUGAUUUUUAUCGUCAGAGCUCAGGACGGCGGCUCCCCUCCUCUCAGCAGCAAUGUGAGCGUAGCCAUCCUGAUCCAGGACGCCAAUGACAACGGUCCUCACGUACUGUACCCCGUCCAAACGGGCGGAUCAAUGCUGGCUGAAAUUGUGCCUCGUUCGGCAGAUGUGGGCUAUCUGGUGACAAAAGUGGUGGCUGUGGACGUGGAUUCCGGACAAAACGCUUGGCUCUCAUAUAAAGUGCAGAAAGCCACAGACAGGGCACUAUUUGAAGUGGGCCUGCACAAUGGAGAAAUAAGAACUAUCCGGCAAGUGACUGAUAAAGAUGCUGUCAAACAAAGACUGACUGUUGUAGUGGAGGACAACGGACGACCCUCUCGCUCAGCUACAGUCAUUGUUAACGUGGCGGUGGCAGAUAGCUUCCCUGAAGUGCUGUCGGAGUUCACUGACUUUAACAUGAAUGAUAAGGACUACAAUGACAAGCUGACUUUUUACUUAGUCUUGGCUUUGGCAGUGGUUUCAUUCCUCUUUAUCACCUGCUUGUUGCUUAUUAUAUCAGUCAAAGUGUACAGGUGGAGACAGUCUCGCAUCCUGUACCACUCCAACCUGCCAGUUAUUCCGUAUUGUCCGCCCCGGUACUCGGAUACUUUAGGGACGAGGACUCUACCGCACGUGUACAAUUAUGAGGUGUCCAGGACCACAGAUUCCAGAAAAAGUGACAUGAAGAAUAUGCAAGCUAUGAAUCAAAGUUUAGUGAGUGUGGAUGGAGUUAAUGCUGAAACACCACAUGAGAACAAAAACAUCGCAGGAUAUCUCUCCCAGAUGUCAACUUUGGUGAGUGAAUAA